AUGGAAGCCGGAUCUUCUAUGUUUUAUCCUAUGCAGGUCGUGGAUGGCCGAGUUCAUGCACUCGGAGGAUCCACUUUGAGAGAGGCGUGUGAAAGGCUUCCCGAAGUUUCACCUGGAGUCAAGUGCCCCAUAGGAGAAGCAGUGAUAACAGAUGCAACUGAAGGCUUGAAGGAUUUUUUUGAGCACAUUGUGCAUGCAGCCCCGCCAAUGUACACCUCAACAGAUUGGGAGCACAAGUUGUCAAGGUGCUGGAAGGCCGCCCUUGAGAAGGCUUGGAGCCUUGGCCUUGGAACUUCUCUAAAAGUUGCGAGCCCCUUGCUGGGAGCCGGCGCAUGUGGGGCACCUGUGGAGGAGGCAGCUCAAGUUGCAGCAAGGGCUUUUGUAAAGUGGGCAGCCACUCCAGUGGGAGGAGUUCUGUCUCUGGUCCGCAAACUCAGCUUCAUUGUGCCAUACUUGCAGAACGAGUCGAUUGAGUACAUCCAAUGUGCAGCCACAAAGAUUAGGAAUCGAGAUAGGAGUACCGUUCAAACGUUGCCUGAUUUGUAG